AUGAAGUUCUCUUCUGGUAAAUCUAUGAUUUUUGCAACUAUUGCUUCUCUGGCCUUAAGUGCUCCAGUUACUUAUGAUACCAACUCUACUGUUGAAUUACAAUCUUCCUUAUCUCAGGAAGUUCUGGGUUGGAGUCAUGCAACCUUUCCCACCAUUUACCAAACUUGUAAUGAGACUAAUGCCAGAAUGUUGAAUGCAGCUUUUAAAGAUACCGCUGAAGUCACCGCCUAUGGUAAAGAUAGACUUUUGAACUAUGGUGUCGAUGACGUUUACUAUAAAAGAUGGUUCGGUAAUGGUAGCAUUUUCACCGUCAUGGGUGUCUUUGAUCAAUUGAUGGAGGCUUCCAAGGGUGGUAUGCUUAUGAGAUGUGAUGAUGUUGAUGGUUUGUGCGCAGCUAAUCCAAACUACUACGCUGGUCAUCACCGUCAAUCUGCCCCAGCUGAAACUGUUAUUUGUGAUUACUUCUACACUGCCAGAAAGCCACUAUCAUCAAUUUGUUUCGAAGGUACUAUUGUUGAUGUCGGUCCAAAACACUACGCAGGUAUUGAUAUGCUACAUCGUUACUUGCACGUUCCUACCAUGAGUAUGGAUGGAUAUGUUGGUGAGUAUGCGGAAACCCUCGAAGAAGUUGUGGACUAUGCUCAGAACAAUGCAACUUUUGCUGUUAGAAACACCGACAAUUACCUUUACUACCUCGCUGACGUUUACAGUGCUUCUGUUAUACCUGGUGGCUGUCUCGGUAAUUUGUAA